CUCCGGAGGCGGACCUUGUUCGGCCCCUUUGAAGUGCCGGGCCCCCCGGGCCGGAGGGUGGGAGGGCCGCCCCAUAUAAAGCAGGCCAACCCGCGGGGCCCUCGCUUCCUUCCUCCAACCGCCCUGCAAAGGCACAGCCAAAGCGAACCCAGUCCCAAGCCAUGACCAAGGCCCCCUUCGCCUCCGUGGCCUGGCUUUCCCAGAGCAGCCGGACCCCCAAGGAGCCCCGGGAAGAGCCCCCCGAGGCCCGACGGGGAAAGCCCUGCGCCCAGGGGAAGCCUUCGGGGGGAGAAGGGCCUCCUUCGGGCCCAGCGACGCCCCCCGAGCAGCAGCCGCCGCCUUCGCCAAGGCCCAGGGCUGCCCGGCCUCCCGCCCCCUCGUCCGCAGGAAUAAGGGGAAGGCUCUUCCUUGUUGUGCCUGGUGGAUGUGGCGCUGAUGUCCCUCUUGUUUCUCCGGCAGCCCUGGCGUCCCCCGAGGGAGAGUGGGGGUCGGACGGGGAAGGGAGCCCCUCGGAAGGCCCGCCCGCCGCCAAGAGCAGCAGCCACAGCAGCCCCCGCCGCCGCCUCCGCACCGCCUUCAGCCUGGAGCAGAUCAGCACCUUGGAGAGCGCCUUCCAGCGCCACCGCUACCUGGGCGCCGCGCAGAGACGGAAACUGGCCGCCAAGAUGCGCCUCUCCGAGGUCCAGAUCAAGACUUGGUUCCAGAACCGGCGGAUGAAGCUGAAGCGCCAAAUGCAGGAGAUGCGAUCGGAGGUUUAUCCUUCCAUUCCAUUUUACAGUCCUCUCCCCUUUGGCUCCCAGAAUGGGCCUUUGUCCUAUGUGUACUCACCCCACCAGCAGACAGUGAGCAAGAGAGAAGAUCCCAUGCCUUUGGGCCUGCCUUUCCCACCUCCCUCGAUUGAUCCCAGGAGCCCCUCAGCAGGGCAGCCGGGGGCUGUCUGGCCCAUGCCCUUGCCUUGUCUUGUGGGAUACCAAGACCCUCGGACUGUAUUCAUGUCUCUCUGAUGCCAAGCUGGGGACUUGCAGAAGGAUUUGCACUAAACUUUGUUCUCACACUGAGUAUCCAGAGCUACAGGACUUCAUUGUCCUGGAUACAGAUGUGGAGGAGACAUUUUGCACAGGGGCAUUUAUUUACUUGUUGGGAGGGUGGGAAAAUGAUCUAUUAAUAUAAAGGCAAUAUGUGUAUUCAAAAAGGUCCAAUUGACUCUUCACUUGUAUAAAUUAGAGCUUGGCCUUAAAAGAACAUAGACCACUUCCAAAUUGUCUGUCUUAUCCUUGACUAUAAUUGGGUGCAGAUUAUUCUGCAGGAGGGGAGGAGUAUUUGGAUGGAUUUUAAUGAUUCUGCAGCUGAUAUUGAGAUAGAGUACAAGCAUCUUUUGAUAUGAGGGUUGUGCAAUAAUCACAUUAAAAUGCUGAUCAAUUUUGAUCAUUGCUAAAAACAAA